AGUAAAUGUUCUCUUUGUUUCUUUGUUCCUCGAGUAAACAUAAUAAAACUUGCUUUAAACUAGCUUUGCUCUUCAGAAAAUUUUAAACGUUUUAAUUGCUUAUGCAUUGAGAAAUUUGAUUGGUUUAAAUUAAAUUACAUUAAGAUAAAAUUAUGACUGGAAAACAGCUGGAUGUCUUCGAAUCUUUCUUGGGCCCGCGGUUCUCUGCCGAGACGGAUAUUAUCACAAGUGUGAUGUACGCAUUUGCUUCCGAGCCCAAGAGAGGCCUAACUUCUUCGGAGUUCGAUAAUCUGGUUUGCGAACUGUGCAAAUGUUCCUCCCAUUUUUACCCCUUGAGUGAUCACAGUAAAGAAGUCAUCAGGAAACUUGUCUUCAUCAACAAAAAAAGUCACAUGGAUUUUGUUGCAUUCUGCAUAGUGUGGAAACACUGGAUCAAACACAUUCUGAGUCCAAAAAGCGUGCUACUUGUUCUCAACAUGCAAAACGACCUGCUUCAUGGGAAAAUUCCAGGACUCUCAGGACCCUUGACACAUAACAUGAUCAACAAAACUAAUACCGUACUUCACUUAAACUGUUUUGAAAUGGUAAUUUAUGUUAUGGAAAACCAUCCUCCUCAUCAUAUAUCAUUUGUGGAAAAUCUUAACGUCUACCAGCAUUUGAUGAGUCCAACUGGGGACGUCUCAGAGUUCGAUGACGUCACGGACGAUAUGGAUUAUAUCGAAGCCAUUAAUGGACACCAAGAAUCUCCAAUGGACAGAAUUGAUACUAAUUUCACUGUUUGGGACAAGGUGAUUGUGGAUACAUCAGGAGCGGCAGAGGAGGAGAGUUGUGGGGAGGAGAGCGAGAUUCUGCUGUGGCCUAUGCAUUGUGUGGAGAAUACAUGGGGUAGUGAACUGAGUCCACAGCUCCAUAUGGCAGAGAAAACACUCAGGGUAUACACGGGAACUAAUCCAAUGGGCGAGAGCUGUUCGCCCUUCUGGGACUGGGAGGGAGUGAUUGAGUCCAAUUUACUCGAAUGUCUGCGACUGGAAGGCGUCACUGAUGUGUAUGUGUGUGGAGUGCCCACCGAUAUAGCCAUUGUUCCUACAGUGCUCGACUGUAUCAACCACGGACUCAGAGCAGUAUACAUAGCAGACGCUAGCCUUGGCCUGGACGAACUUGCGUCAGAGGAGUGUGAAACCUUACUCCGUUCACGUGGAGUAACCGUCGUCAAUUCAGACCAAGUCGCUUCAAUGUUGAAAGGCGAAGACCGCAGACCAGAGAUGCUCAUGCACUCAGCAAUCAACUUCGCGCAGGCAAUGAAGAAACUUAAUUUGCAACAGAGUAAAAAUAAUGCAUCUAGUAGCAUCUUUACAAACUGA